AUGGACGAGUACGUCGGGCUCCUGCGCGAGCACAGAGAGCCCUACCGCUCGUUCAUGCACCGGCGCCUAUUCCCCCACUUCAAUAUCGCCCCGGUGCAUGUCCAUAUCCUCGAUGGCAACGCGUCGAGCUUGGACACUGAGUGUGCCGAGUACGAGGCCAAGAUCCGGUCCUAUGGCGGGGUCGACUUGUGUCUCGGGGGCGUCGGUAGUGUUGGACAUAUCGCGUUCAACGAGCUCGGGUCGAGCUUGGCGAGCCGUACGAGGGUCAAGGCUCUGGCGUUCGAUACGACCAUCAUGGACGCAAGGGAGGUCAUCAUCAUCAUCGCCACAAGGGAGGGUACGGCGAUCGCGGUACAGAGGGCCGUGGAAGAUACCAUGAGCCAUAUGUGCACGCUGUCGUGUCUGCAGAUGCACUCGCGGCGCACUAUUGUUGUUGAUGAUGAAGAGGCGACCUUGGGGUUGCAGUUCAAGACGGUCAAGUCCUCCACGAGUGUCGAGCGACACGCCCUUGGCAUCGCCGCCGUGGACACCGAACUCCGAGGCAUCCGUGUCGGACGGAGAGAUCGCAGAUGGGGAGUUGACCCCAGACAGUAUGAUAUCACGGGUGGACUCAUACUCGGCGAGGUUUACUGGCCACCACAUUGGUCCGAGUCAUGA